CAUCGACCCGGGUUCUACUUCAUUCCCCCCUUGCGAUCCGACUUUAGCUCUUGAUUCGCAUUGCUCGGGCAUCGCCGCUUGGCGCUCCGGUCAAUCGCGUAUAGUUCGCCUCCAAGUCGGAGCCCAAUCGCUGCUGCAAGCCUCGCGUCUCAGCUCCCGUCUGCAGUCUUCCUCGUCGUUUGUUGCCGUCAACAUCGUCCGCAAUGUUCGAGAAGAACCUGCAGGACCUGGUCAAGGGCAUCCGCUCGGCCAAGGGCGACGUAACUGUGUACAUCUCGCAGGCUCUGCAGGAGAUCAAGGCGGAAUUACGCAGUACCGACCCGUUCGUCAAGGCACAGGCCGUGCGUAAGCUCACAUACCUGCAUAUGCUAGGCUACGACAUGUGCUGGGCCGCGUUCCAUGUCGUAGAAGUCAUGAGUUACGAGCGAUUCGCACACAAGCGCAUCGGCUACAAUGCUGCAUGCCAGAGCUUCACGCAGUCCACAGACGUGGUGCUUUUGUGCACAAACCUGCUCAAGAAGGAGUUCGGUAGCACUAGCGAGUACGAAGUGGGUCUGGCCAUCAACGUACUGGCUAAUAUCGUGACUACCGACUUGGCGCGAGACCUUCUGGGGGACGUAUUGGCCAUGAUGGGCUCUCCUAAGCCCUACGUCCGCAAGAAAGCCACUCUGGUGCUGUAUAAGAUGUUCCUCCGCUAUCCUCAAGGCCUGCGACUGUCCUUCGACCGACUCAAAGAGAGGAUGGAGGAGCCUGACGUCACGGUCGUGUCUUGCGCUGUCAACGUCAUCUGCGAACUGGCCAAUAAGAAACCCAAGAACUGCUUGGGCUUGGCGCCUCAGUUCUUCCGUCUACUCACCACUUCGUCCAACAACUGGAUGCUCAUUAAGGUCGUCAAGUUAUUGGCCAGUUUAGUGCCCGAAGAGCCUCGUCUUGCGCGUAAGUUGCUGGAUCCACUGGCCACAGUCAUCCAGAACACGCCAGCCAAGUCUCUGCUGUACGAAUGCAUCAGUACCGUCACCACGGCGCUGUUGUACACCAAGAAGAGUGAUGGAUCGCAGCCACGCAACGUUGCAGCAGUCGUGAGACUUUGCAAUGAUCAUCUUCGUCGCUAUAUUGAAGAUCCGGACCAGAAUCUGCGUUAUUUAGGCCUUGUGGGGCUUGGAAACUUGAUGAAAUCCCAUCCGUACGUGAUUACGGAGCAUCAGGCGCUCAUUGUGGAGUGCUUGGCUGUAGAUGACAUCACCAUUCGAAUGCGAGCGCUGGAGUUGCUGUCUGGAAUGGUAAAUCCGGAUAACGCGGCCCCUAUUAUCCGGGAACUCAUGCGUCAGACGCUGAGUGCUGAUGGAGCGUACCGUCACGAGCUUAUCACGCACAUUUUGCACGUUUGUUCGGUCAACAAGUACGCGAACAUUCACGACUUUGACUGGUAUAUUCACGUGCUGGUUCAACUCGCUCGUGUGCCUGGUAAUACUGCUGCUACGGUGGAUGCGUCGCUGUCGUCAUUGGCUCCGUCGUCCGGUAGUAUGCUGGGCUCCAGUACUAGCAGUUCGAAAAUGAAAGUGAGCGAUGACGAGCCUGCAAAGCGUUCGCACGGGGUGGAAGUGGCUCGUCAGCUUGUGGACAUUGCAGUUCGAGUCAAGAGUGUGCGUAGUGUGAUGGUGGACAACAUGAUUGAGUUGCUGAUGGAGAAGGAGGCGCUCAGUGGACCUGGAGCCGGUACUUUACAGGAAGUUUACUACGCAGCAGCGUGGAUUACAGGCGAGUAUGUGAUGGAGUUCUUGGACGAUGUGGACGAUGAGGAAGACGAGGAGAGCGAGGAUGAAGAAAGAGAGACGGAAGAGGAGAAGCUGCAGCGACUAGAAGAUCUCGCUGAUGAGAUGCUCCAGCCUCGUACGACUACGCUUCCUGGUCACGUUCAGACUGUGUUUAUCCAGGCUCUAUUGAAGAUCUUGACUGCGAUGGCUGAGCGUGCAGAUGACGCUACGGUGGAGCGUAUUGCGACUGUUAUCAUGGAACGCUUGCCUGCUUUCGUUCAGAGUGAGUAUAUCGAAGUUCAGGAGCGUGCAGUGUGUCUACAGCAGCUCUUACUUGCGUUGGGUAUGGGCCUGGGAGCACUGACUGCUCAAGAACGGACUGAGCGUGCAUUUGAUGGCAGUGCUUUAUUGGAUCCGGCAAAGCGUCUGGACGUAUUGAACUCGUACUUUGCAGAGCGACUCGCUCCUGUUGGUGUCAAGGCGCAGCGUAAAGUGCCACUGCCUGGUGAUCUGGAUCUUGACGAGCCUUUGAAUAAUUCCGAGGCGAAAUUCCUCGAAUCAGGCGGAGAUGUGUCAGCUUUCUCGAGCGAAGAUGACCUGGAGGUCUCGUUCGUUAGUCAGGGUCAUGCUGGGAUUGGUGGAGGCUACAGUGGCAUUGGAGAUGGCUCUCCUGAGCGGAAGCCUGGACACAAACACAGUCGUCAUCGUCGGCAUGAUUCGUCCUCAUCCGAGUCGGAAUCGGAGUCUGAAUCUGAAAACUCUGCCGAGGAGAAGGAGCGGAAGGAGCGUGAGUAUGCGCGUGAACAAGAGCGACUGCGUAAAGACCCCUUCUAUCUGUCUGGAGGCUCACAAGCAUCAGCUGAUGCCAACGCGGGCUUUGCGGAUAUGAUGGGCGCCUUAGGCUCGAACGGCAAGAAGAAGAAGGCCUCAAAGAAGUCAAAGUCUCGAGAUAUUCUAGAAGACGAAUUGAUGCCCGAAGGUGCUCGUUCAAGUGACGAAGACCGUCGACGUUUUCGGAAGAAACGUGGUUCAAUGGGUGAAGAUGAAACUGACCUGGCUGCAGUGGAUUUGAGUAUCCCACUUGGUGAGAACGAGAAGGUUCCUACAGAGCAAUGGUUCCAUCGCCAGACACCUGCAAAACCAGUUGAGGAUGAGAAGAAGUCGAAGAAAAAGAGCUCCAAACACAAGAAAUCAUCGCGUGGAGAGCAUGUCGACAAGAAGAAGAAAGACGUGUCGUCAAAGAGCUCGAAGUCCAAGAAGUCAUCGCGGAAGCAGGAUGUGUUGAUUGGCGGGCUUAGUGAUGAGGAGCAGGAGACUGAAGACCGUCAUCAACGGAGCUCGUCCAAGAAGAGCCACAAGAAGAGCAGCUCGAGUAAGAACGAUGUCGACAAGAAGAAGAAGAGGAAGGAAAAGGGCUCCAAACGUCAGGAGGCACCGCCAGCAGAGCCACUUUUGCUCUUUUAGACGACCCACCAUUGAGUGAGAGCAAGAAAUGACAAAUACGUGAUGAAUUUCUUCGAGGAUAGAGUGUCUAUGGAGUUACGUGGAGUUUACUUCUUGUGCUUAGCCUUCUUGGACUUGUGCUGCUUCUCCUGUUUGUCGGACGAAUGCUUCUUCUUGCGCUUUUCAGCUACAGGCGAAGCUUCGACAGUCUCGCUCUUCUUGGCUUUUACUACAGGCACUGCGUCUACGUGGUCCUCCACGAGCGAGAAGCAGCGAGAGAAUGGCUUUCCUAACACGAAGCGAGCGCGGUCCGAGGCAAGAGGGAGUGCGUUUACGAGCUGGUCCGUGAGCAUACCGUCCUCGCUCUGUAGUAGGUAGUUCUUGUUGUCUACUCCAGCUGUGACCUUGGCCAGCACCUCACCGGGUGCUGCUCCCUUGCUCUCGUCCACUUUAAACGUCACGUUCGCUAGUGCCGACGCGUCCAGCUACAAUAAAAAAAAUGUCAAAUAUUUCGAUCGGGUUUUGUGGUGUCUGCAACGAGCUACGUACGUUCUUAGGCAGCUUGAAGAACCAGAGUUCCUGGUCGUUGUUGAACACGACCUCGCGGGUCACGGAACCGCUGCCCUUAACGCUCUCGAAUCCCGGUGGGAUCUCGAACUCGCUGUACAGCAGUAACAUUGUCAGUAAAUGUGCACAACGUGCAAAAUAAUUCAGCGGUGAAGUUGGGAACGACGCGGUUAAUCACGUACUCGU